AUGCUCGAAAAAUCGAAGAAGUCGGAGGAGGUGUCAAAGACUGUGCUCCACCUGAUGAAGCCGCACUCCUCCUCCCACCCCCCCGUCCGCUGGAGGGAUCGUCAUGGCCAGAGACAGCAGCAGAGACACUGCAGCAACGUCCUCCCGCCAGAGAACAGCCCUUCUCAUCCCAGCAACCAGCGGCCCAGCGUCUCCCCAGAGACCGCCAACAGCGGAGACAAACGCGUAUCCCCGCGGCGGCGACUGCCCCCACCCAAACUACGUCGCAUGGCUGAGGGCGCGCACGCCUCCCCUCAGCGCAUGUCAGCUCACAUCAGUUCUGAUGUGAGCCUGCAGCCCGGCAGUGGCACAGAGGCUUUGACUUGGCUGGCGUCCUUUCCUUUGGGACGACGGGCUCCGUGUGAUAUCUACUGGCAUGGCGUUUCCUUCCACGACAAUGAACACAUUGUGUCAGGGCAGGUCAACAAGUUCCCAGGGAUGGUUGAGAUGCUGAGAAAGAUCAACCUGAGCAAAGCCAUGAGGACGAUGCAGCAACUUUUCCCAGAGGAAUAUGACUUCUAUCCCCGUUCAUGGAUCCUACCUGAAGAGUACCAACAGUUUUCUGCUCAGAUUCGCUUAGGGAAGGAGAACGAAAUCUCAGGGACCCCCACCUUCAUUGUUAAACCAGAUGGGGGCUCUCAGGGGUGCGGUAUCUACCUGAUCCGGGACCCCAAUGAUCUGAAGCUCGUGGUGGGUUCUCAGGCUAAACAAGCCGUGGUCCAAGAAUACAUCUCAAAGCCGUUACUCAUCGACAAACUCAAGUUUGAUAUCCGUCUGUACGUGUUGAUCAAAUCCCUGGAGCCAUUAGAGAUCUACAUCGCCAAGGAAGGCCUGACACGGUUCUGUACCGAACCCUACCAGGAACCCAGCCAGAAGAAUCUGAGCCAUAUCUUCAUGCACCUGACCAACUACUCCCUGAACGUGCACAGUGGAAACUUUGUGCACUCAGACAGCCAGAACACAGGGAGCAAGCGCACUCUGUCCAGUGUGCUGUACAGGCUGGGAGCUAAAGGUGUCGACAUCAAGAUGGUGUGGUCGGACAUCAUCUCUCUCGUAAUCAUGACUGUCAUAGGUCUGGUGCCAGAACUGAAAGUUUACUACCAGGCAGAUAUACCACCGGGCAAACCAGGUCCCACAUGCUUUCAGGUUUUAGGUUUUGACAUCCUGCUGAUGAAGAACCUGAAGCCUGUAUUAUUAGAGGUCAACUCUAACCCCAGUAUGAGAAUAGAGCAUGAGCAGGAAGUGGCACCAGGACUAUUUGAAUAUGUUCCCAGUCCAGUGGACGAGGAGGUUAAAGUGUGGGUAAUCAGGGACACACUGCGCCUCAUGGAUCCCUUCAACAAAAAAACAGCACAGGGUUCUCAUCUGAAGCCCGGUGGGUUUGAAGAUGCGGAAGCAAUCCCAAUGGAUCCAGAAUCUCAGAGCAGGAGUCCAGAUGAGAUGGGAAAUCUGCCCUCCCUGUGUCUAAAACAGGUCUACCCCAAGUACAACAAACAGUUCAAUUACCUGCGGCUGGUGGAGAGAAUCGCAGCUCUCUUCAUUCGCUUCCUUGGGGUCAAAGGCAACAUGCGGCUCGGUCCCACAGCCUUCAGAACCUUCAUCAGGACAUGUAAACUGAGCAGCAGCAGCUUCAGCAUGGCUUCAGUGGACAUCCUCUACAUAGACAUCACCCGUCGAUGGUCGUGUGCGGUACCUGAAUCCAGAGAAGCAGACUGCACACUACUCCCAACUCCAGCUGCCAACUGGUCCUCCUGUACUGGCGCCUGCACAAGAGAUUUACAAAGAUGGCACAGACAAAGAACACAGGGAAUCCAUCCUGAACCUGCGAGCGAGGUGGUGGUGCGAAAGCCCAAAACUGGGGGGAAAAGGUGUUUACACGCCACACUUUACUGAGCUUUCACAGGUAUAAC